AUGCCGUGCGGCCUUUCCUUCCUUUGCCCUCCAGGCCGAGCCGUCUCGCUGCACGUUGUGCUGACACCUGGCAGCGAUCCAUUGGCUCUCCCCGAGCCUCUGCAGCAGCUGGUGACACAGCACGGACUGGAGCCGGUUGUAACUCAGGUGCCGGCCCACGCCCCUCGCACCAAGGAGCGGUGGCAGGAGCAACAGUCAGUCUGGCCCACGUCCUUCCACCCACCGCUGCCAGGCAGUGGCGCUGCUGCUCCCCCCUCCAUUGUCACACCGGCUACAGCCACAUACAUCCAGCAAUGCUUCCGUGUGAUUGUAGAGAAGGCCAUGAAUGCAUGCGAGAGCAGAGCGGGCAGCUUAGCUUGUCCGCAUGUGACUAUAUGUGGAGGGAAGGAUGGAGGCAGAGAAUCAAGGGGCGAAGGGGGUGGAGGUGGGGAGAGGGAGGAGAGGGUGGAGAAGGGGGAGAAUGGGGAAAGAGAGGAGAUGCAAGGGGAGGCUGUGGAUGAGAGGCGCAAGGAGGAGGGGCAUGGGACACGGUAUCAGUGCGGUUCAUGUGACCACACCGAACCGUUGUGUGUGCAGCAUGAGGGGUUGCUGCAGCCAUGCUGUGUCGAGGUGCGUCCCUGUUACAUCUUCUGGCUUUUUUUCUCACCCUUUCUUUCCCCCCACCGCUUUUCCUUCCAAACCUCUCUGUCCCUCCCUCCCUCCUCCCCCUUUCCGUUCCACAUCUUGUUCCCAUUCAUCCCAAUUCAUCCCGAGUCACCCCGUUCUCUCUUCCACUUCCCCCCGUUCUCUCUUCCACUUCCCCUCAAUCCUCUCCCUCUCACCCCGGAGGAGAAUCUCGCAAGAGGGAGGUUGGGGCAUCCCUUGGGGCAUGCGGUGAUGGUUGCGAUUGCUGCUGCUGCUGCCCGGGACCGAGCACUGUUUCCCAGUGAGGCGGCACAGGACAAAACACUGUUCAUGGAUGGCGGUGGGGAGGAGUCAAGGGGUGCAGCUUUAUCAGAAAGGGGUGGUUCUGAGGCUGCACAGGGGGAGGAGAAAGAGGAGAGAGAAGGGGAGCAGGGGGAAGGGGAGCAGCGAAAGAUCGAGCUGGACGGGGAAGGGGAAGAGGUGAGGGAAGCGGGCAUGGAGGUGAAGAGAGGUGGCAAAUCGCCUCCUUUGAAAAGGCGAAAGGGCAAUGAUGUUCAGGGACUAGGCGACCCAGCACGGUCUGCUGUCUCUCCAAAUGCACCGCCAUGCUCUGCUGUCCGCCCAUACCUCUGCACGGGCUUCGAUGCCUUCCUGCUGCAUGAGCCGUGCAUCAUGUGUGCAAUGGCAUUGGUGCAUCAGCGUGUGCGUCGAGUCUUCUAUGCCAUUCCCAGUGCGGAAGGAGGAGCGCUGGGCAGCUGCUGGAAGCUGCAUGGGGUCAAGUCCCUCAACCACCACUACGAGGUGUUCAGGGUUGACCUCAGUCAACUGGUCAACUGCUAG